GGGUGUAAGUCCCGGAAGUACUACCCCCUGAGAGGCGAGCUGGUUAGGGAGGGUCAGAGGUCAUGGGGCAGAAAGGCGUUCCCGCCGCCAGCCUUGUAGCUAUGUAGCGGUGGGGCCGGCUCCCUCCUCCAAAUUCUGGACGGCUCUUGGGCUCCACUAGGACUGUAGCCGCAGGAUUCCUAGUCUCGGGCUUCUGGUGCCUGCCGGCUGAGUGGAGCCGCCGCCGCCAUGUUUGGCUGCCUAGUGGCGGGGAGGCUGGUGCAAACAGCUGCACAGCAAGUGGCAGAGGAUAAAUUUGUUUUUGACUUGCCUGAUUAUGAAAAUAUCAACCAUGUUGUGGUUUUUAUGCUGGGAACCAUUCCAUUUCCUGAGGGAAUGGGAGGAUCUGUCUACUUUUCCUAUCCUGAUUCAAGUGGAAUGCCAGUAUGGCAACUCCUAGGAUUUGUCACUAAUGGGAAACCAAGUGCCAUCUUCAAAAUUUCAGGUCUUAAAUCUG